AUGGAUUUUGAGGCAGUUUAUGAUCUUUUACAAGCUGAUCUCGUUAACUCUGGUUUUGAAAUUCACCCAUUUCUAAUCUCAUGGUACAAUUCUGUUGUUGAUCCAAUAUUUCGUUUGACUGAUUACGAUGACGAUACAGUGGCUUUUCUCAUUAUUAGCACCCCGACUAUGUUCGAAAAAACGUUCUUACCAUAUGCUUUGAAUAGACAUAAAGAUCUCACUCGUGAUCCAAUCGAUUGUUGUGUGAAAGAAAAGAUUCAAUCGGCUGUUGAAAAACUUCCUGAACAUGAAAUCGAUGUUCUUUUCGACUACGAUCUUUGGCCAACGCGAAGACCAAAAAUAAUUAUGCAAACAGUUGGACAUAUCUCAGGUGCUGCAUACUUUUACAGUCGUCAUCAGCUUAUCAACGAUCCAUUUCCGAAAGACAGAAAUAUGAUGGGUGUUUGUAUUCAUCCGAAAUAUGGCGGUUGGUUUGCUUUAAGAUCCGUUCUUGUUUUUAAAACUUUGAAAUGUUCAUCGUUACCACGUGUUCUGCCGGUUGAUGUGUUCAAUGGCGAUGAAGCAUUGAUUAUCGAUGUUUUACAGCGAUUUAAUUACUCUUGGCAAGAUAGUACUUAUCGAAAUGUUAUACCAGUGAUUGCUACGUAUUCAACCUUACAACAAUCCUAUUUUCAAACUAAACCCAUCGAUCGAUUCGUUUGGUUGGAUAAUAUCCGUCAAAUGAAUAAUGAAAACGUUUAA